GUUGUUUCCCGGAGAUGCUGUCGUCGCCUGGGAAAACAAACAGCUAUCCAGACAAUUAAAAAGGAAAACACCGAUCGGUCGCCAGGUAAGGAGGAGGCUUGUGGACUUCACCGCGGCGCUUGGUAAGACCAUCCAUCGAUUUCAAUUUGGAAGAACGGCAUGUUUUUAAGUAGUUGGUAGGGUGAAUGCCAUUUGUCGUGUGGUCGGGUGCCAUAGCAACGGCUCAUGAGACACAUUGCAUAGCCCUGGCCAGUUUGACGUGCUCGAUGUUGGAUGACAGCAGUGUUCAUGCGGACAAUUCGGACAGUGGCAACUCCUGCAACAAAAUGCUGUUGUGUCUCGCCGCUGUCUCGACCGUCCAUGAGCGGAUUGGUGUCAUAACGGACCAAACCCACCAAGCAGCUAAAACAAGUAGCAUACAUGGAGAAGCAUGGUAGUUAUUUGAAAAUGUAAUGCAAUAUGUUUUAAUGCACAGUCGCCCAGAAAGGAUUGUCAGGCAAGGGUCGGCGCUAGUGCGCGUCCCCUUUUUUUAACCGCCGUGCCCUAGCUGGUGUGACUGCGCGUCUCCCGGCUGCAUCAGCGCCUGUUGCUCCCCAUGCGCGGCCAAUGCCAGGAUAUUAAUUUUCCCUGCGAUGUGUUGUCUCCGCACCCCCCUCCCCUUCCCAGCUCGCUCCACAGUCUCCUCUGUCCAUUGUUGUUGUCAUCCAUUUGAGCAAAAGGUGCAGCAUUGUACAUCUGGGUAUUUUUCUCUCUCUCUCUCUCUCUCUCUCUCUCUCUCUCUCUCUCUCUCUUUUCCAACAUGAAAUUAGAGGAUCUGGUCACAUAAUAUUAACAUGUUUUCCGUCUAGAAAAUAUUCAGCACCGCCAGUGUUGGGAAUUGGUGUCCCCAUACCUCUUUGCACUUUGUUGUUUGCUGUGAAGUAAGUGCACUACAGUAAAAUCCACCUAUGAUAUUUUGAUUAGCUUAUUGCACCUUUACAGAGGGGGAGAACAAAAUAACAGCAACAAUUAAUAAUCAAAACUACUGCAAAUAAAUAUUACCUAUAAACUUAAUCCCAACAAAAUUCAAUAUUGUUAGAUUUGUGAAGCUGUAUACAUUUAGAUAAUUAGAAAACUGCUAUCUCUUUUGCAUAAAUGUAUGCACACUGGUUAGGGUAAAGUACUGUAUUUAGCUUUCUAACAGGACCUUUUUUAAUCUGUAUGUAUUAUAUUGUAUUAUUUUUGCUUAUAUGUAUUGUUUUCAUAUCUGUCUCUCUGGUCAUCGUCUUUUUCUGCUGCCCCAGUGCUAAAUUUCUCUCCUGGGAUCAAUAAAGUUUGAUCUUAUUAUCUUAAUAUUGAAUAUUGUUGACAUUACGUCAAUAGUGUAAGGUGUUCCAGCUAUUUUGUCCACCUCUAGUAAGUUUAACUCCUCCUCCAUCAGUCAUGGUCAUUAGCUUUCUAUAAACGUGAAGCCUCUCAUAUUCAUUUGCUGGCCACGGUGCAGAAGAAUCUACACUAUACAGAAAUAGCAGGGCAGAAUCCCAGUUAAAUAGAUUAGUUUAUAACAGUGAACUUAUUAUUAGACACUUGGAACUGAAAGCCUAAAGCUAUUGGUUUCCUAGCCUUAUUCUUGUAACAAAAAACAGCUGGCAUCUGGUGAGAGAAUGAAUGCUGAGGAUUGCAAUGGACGCUCAAAUGCACAAGGUAAUGGAGGAGAGUCAUCAAUGGAACAGGAUUUUUAUGGCGGGUUGCAGGGCCCUUCAGCGAGAUCUCCAAACAGUCAGCAGUCCUCACCACACCGCUCCCAUAGUGCAAACUCCAUCAAGGUUGAGCUGUGCAGCGAUGAGGAGUCCCCAGGUGCUCCACGGCCAGAGAUCAGAGAGGCUGUGAGGGACGAUAGCAGGAGGGAUGACAGAGGGGACCCCAUGGAAGAAGGGAGUGCAGAGUACACUGGGGCUGGAAGAGACAGAGGGAGCAUUUACAAUGAGAUGGCCAGUCCAAAUGCUACUUCACCAGGACCUAUCCGGCUGCCCAAUGGGAAACUUCAGUGUGAGGUGUGCGGGAUGAUCUGCAUCGGACCCAACGUGCUGAUGGUGCACAAGCGUAGCCACACAGGCGAGAGGCCGUUCCAGUGUAACCAGUGUGGAGCUUCCUUCACCCAGAAGGGGAACUUGUUGCGCCACAUCAAGUUGCAUUCGGGAGAGAAGCCUUUUAAAUGUCCCGUUUGCAGCUAUGCUUGUCGCCGGAGAGAUGCCCUGGCUGGACAUCUACGCACACACACAGGUGCAGCUUCUUCUCCAACAGUCGGAAAACCUUUUAAGUGCAGCUACUGUAGUCGCAGCUACAAACAACAGAGCACACUGGAGGAACAUCUAGAGCGCUGCCAUAGUUAUCUGAAGAGUCUGGACCACCAGACAGCAGUGAAUGCAGCACAGGGUGAAGAGUCAGGAACUAUGGAGACAAUUACUAAACCUGUGCUCCAGCCAUCCAAGGAAAAAAUCCAGUUUGUGGAUAGACUGGCUAUUAGCAUUACCAAACGCAAAAGGUCAACGCCACAGAAGUUUUUGGGUGUAAAGCAUAUGCACCUCGACCUACCUGAAGCACCUUACGAAUUGUCUUCUGGCUCUGAGAAGGAGGGGGACCUUAUGAACUCUCAGCCCGCUGGGGACUCUGCUGGGUUGGCUGGUCCACAUCUCCGAGGCAGCAGGGGUAGAGGGGAGAACCAUGAGCCGCCCGCUCUGUCUCAGCUCCAUCCUGCCUUCCUGUCAGAGCUACGCACAGUUAUAGGCUCCAUCAACAGCAAUGUGAUUCCUCAGGGCCCCCGAGCACAUUGUGGAGGUGGGAUGGCAGCAGUGACUCUUGGCCUGGCUGGGCGGGAGGCAGGUGAAGGCCGGGAUGACCAACGCUCAGCCCAUAGCCACACCACCUCACCCAACGGCUGCCCUGACUCUACAGACACAGAGAGCACAGCAGAAGAGCAGAGCACACGGGCUACAGCCCCAACAAGUACCUCUAACAACCACCACCUCCACUACCAAACCCCAGCACUGCCCUGCAGCCAUCCCACUUCCAGCCUCAGGCAGGUCAAAGACUUGGACCCAGAGUGGGAGAGAGCAUGUCCUGCGCCCCCCACAAUAGCAAAGAAGAGCCCUGUCUUACCCCUUUCUUCCAGGGAGACUGUGCAGGUGUUAGACAGGGAUGGUCGGCCUGUGCGCUCCUUCCACUGCCGGCACUGUCGCAUCCUCUUCCUGGACCAUGUCAUGUUCACCAUCCACAUGGGUUGCCACGGCUUCCUCCAACCCUUCGAGUGCAACAUCUGUGGCCACCGCAGCCAGGACCGCUACGAGUUCUUGUCUCACAUCAGCCGCGGAGAGCAUCAGGUGGGCUGAGGAGAAGGGACAGUAGUCGGAUGAGGAGAGGUGACUGCUGCUCUCUAAAGUUGUAGGCUCCCGUUUGUUCUGCACCAGAUCAGUUACUUUAAAUCCCUGUAAGUAAGUAAGUAAGUAAGUAAGUAAGUAAGUAAAAAUAUUUGUGGUUUUACUGUGAGAAUAUUUAUUAAACUAAAUCAGACGUGAUUGAAAAAUCUUUUUACCGCAGCAUUUAAAGUUCAGUGGAGGCAAAUUACAUUUUAUGAUUGAUUGCACUCCCAUAUAAAAUCAUCUGGCAAAACUACAGGUUUUGCUUCAAAAGUGCCUUCUUCGGGGAUUUUUUCUUAACUAAAAAGAAAUGGGGGGAACUGGUGCUCAAAAAUCUUGACUAGCCAUCUUUGCUAAGUGAUUUAGUUAGUACUUUUGAGAGGUCAUGUGCAAAGGCAGUAAAGGAAAGCAUGAUAUGUACAUUUUAAGAUUUCUAUUUGGUAUGCUUAGUAUGCACUGAGAGCUUUGUUUUUGGGGUAGAGGAGGGUACUUUGGGUCGUGUGUCAGGUAAGCUUAAUAUGCACUGAGAGAUUUGUGCCUCUGGGUUUGGGAGGAGCUUUUGUCACAGACGAAGCACAGAAAUGGAUUGCCUUAACUCUUACAGUAGUACGCUGCUGUAGGAAAACAUUGUUUACAGCAUGUGUAAAGUGACCUCAGAAGAGAGAAUAUUUGCAGCUGCACAGCAAGACUAUCAGAACAAAGCGAUAUGAUGAGAGAAAUUAACUUAAACAUUCAGGGCCUUCAGGGCUCAGAUGUAAAAUAGUUUUUUGGAUUUUAAAGUGAGCCUUAGAAUACUGGUGCAGAUCAGACCAUGAGCCAUGUAGUGUACAGUAAGAGACUGACUGAGAUGGCCCAGGGUGCUAUACCUAAACAGGAUUGCACUUUUAGGUUCCCUGCUUAUAAAUGAACAUUUUUGCUGAAGCACUUGAUGGCUUUACAAUUUUUUUUUUCUGCGAUUGUUCUACUGCACUGAUAAAUCACAUAAUACUCACAAUAGUUGAUUAUCUAAUUUGCAACACCAGUGCAUUUUUAACGGAGCCGGCCUUCUACAGAAUCUCAAAGCGUUGCACUGGUCCUGCGGCCUACACUGAAGUUUGCUGCAAUGUGUGACUGAGAAUUAAAUAUCAAUUCAACUACAACAAUUUUUUGUGGUUUUGUACUCAGCAGUUGAGGCUGAGAUUUUAAACUAUUUGCAUAAUGUAAGUGAAUUGACAAAUUUAUUAUUUAAACAUUAAUUAACAAAUCAGUUUGUAUCUGUUAAGUUAUCACUUGUGGUUAUCUAUUUAGUGUUGUUUGUUUCAGCCUUGGUGUAUUUAAUCAGCUAUAUUCCAAAUCUUAUCCAGCAUAUUCCUCAAGUCCAUAAAAUGUUACCUCCUGCUUCUUUAUAGCAUCCAAAUACCUUAUUGCUACAGUAUGGUGAGUUAUCUGAUAAUGUUAAUAUUGGGAACAGAUGAGACCAAACUCAGUAUUCUUACUUGUUAUUGUGGGUUUGCUGCUUCAUAGUUUAACUUAAUUUCCUUUGAUCGCAGGCAAAACUAUACUUGAAACUGUUUGAGAAAAAAAGUAAUUUAGGAAUGCACUUGGUUUGAUUAGAGAAAUGUGUGUGAAUGGAAUAUAGCAUGUGUGCUUGUCAUUUUCUGCUUUUCCCUGAAUUGUGAAUUCUUUUUGAAAUGUGAAGUAAUUUCAAGAAGUGAAAAUGAGGCAUGGUUUUUGUCUCCUUGUGUGAACUUUUCAAUGUUAUACGAUAUUUUGUGAAUGAUGUAACAUGACAAAACACUUUACCUCAAAGUUAAAGAUGUACAACUGCCUCAUUAUUUCAACAAGUCCUGUUGCUUUCCAAGAUGUUCUUGCAGUUACAAAUGCGUGCCCUUCGAUAUUCUCAAAACUUUUUAC